AUGCUCACAUGUGGUCAGAUCGUACAGAUUGAUGAGCCGCUUCUGCCUCAGUGGCGAACUGAUCUUGUUGAGCAGACUGAACUGCAGCAAGCUGGCCUGCUCCAGCGACAGCUGGAAGUCAGUGACGACGACACGCUUUGCCAUUUCCGUGGCCGACGUCGAGUAGUUCUCCGGCCGUGUCUCGGCCAGACCGUAAAUGCGGCUGGGGCCCAUCUGAACGAGGAUGCUGGGCCGCCUGAGGAUGGCCUGAGCUGGUGGACGCGAUGCAAAGGGAGUGGAGCAAAGGUGGGACUUGAGGCAAACUUGCCAAUCCGCUCAGUCGCUGCGUCAGACAGACUCGAUCUGUCGCCACAGCAACAACACCCGACGGGAUCAGAAACGCGAAAGUGCCGUCUCCGAGCAGAACAUGUUGCUGAUGGUGAUGAUGUGGGCGGUCUCAUAGAGCCGAAUGGGCUGCAUUACGUGAACACCAAAGCUGACAUGUUUUGUAUGAAUUCACGACACGGCAGCGCUACACAGCCACGUUUAGAGUCCCGUCGGUCGAUGUUGAUGAGGCCUGGGUCUAGUCUGCUUGAUGCAGCAGGCUUCAGGAAAACCGAAACCCAAUUGUUUUGGUGUCCUACGGAAAAGGAUUACAGAGCCAAACAGAAGGUGGGGCUUUCAGGUUUUAUCACCAGAUCACCCAAGAAAUUGGCAUUUGGAAAACAUAUUCCGCAGAAUACCGCGAGUUGUGUAUACACAUGGCAGAAUGGGCAAUAG